AUGUCUACAGACUCGGGCGCGCCAGAGUCGUGGAUCUCGAGCUUCUGUGCCCUUCUGGGCCAUGAAUAUUUCGCUGAGGUGUCGGAGGAAUUUAUCGAGGAUGAUUUCAACCUGACAGGUCUUCAGACCCAAGUAGCCAUGUAUAAAGAAGCACUGGAGAUGAUCCUGGAUGUAGAGCCCGAAGACGAUGACGAAGAGGAAGAGGACGAAGAAGACGAUGAUGAUAAUGAGUCCGGCCUUGGUGGUGGCCAAGAACGAGUGGGUGGCCGGCCAGGCGAGCGAAGACACCAUAGUAGAAUGGCUAGCGACCUGUCGGUCAUUGAGUCUUCGGCAGAAAUGCUGUACGGCCUCAUUCACCAACGCUUCAUAUGUUCGCGUGCCGGGAUCCAGCAGAUGAGUGAAAAAUACGAACUCGGUCACUUUGGUUGCUGCCCACGGACCAACUGUGACCAGGCAAGGACGUUGCCCGUUGGACUCUCCGAUAUACCGGGCGAGGAUACCGUCAAGCUGUUCUGCCCAGCUUGCCUAGAUGUCUACGUCCCACCAAACAGCCGGUUUCAGACUGUCGACGGCGCAUUCUUUGGUCGCACAUUCGGUGCUCUUUUUCUCCUCACCUUCCCCGAGUACGACCUCACCAAGAGGGGUGCCGACGUCCUCUCCUCAGCGACCUCGCGGAUAACAGCCGACGAGGAGCUCGUCAACGGCAUGUACGCCAAGAACAUUGCUCCCAAUCUAGGACCAGGUCUGAUAUAUCAGCCCAAGAUUUACGGCUUCAGAGUCUCGGAGCGAGCCCGGUCGGGUCCUCGCAUGCAAUGGCUACGAGAUCGACCGGCCGAUGUCAACGACCUCGACGAGUCUCGCAUCUAUGCCGAACAGUGCGCUGAAUCCGAGGAUGAAGACGAAUCCAUGAACUUGAAUGGGGGCCGCGCAAUGGUCCGUCGAAGACCUCCUGGCAAUGCUCGUCUUCGUCAGCGACAAAAUCAGAACGGCAGUCCCAUGGCUCUAUCAACGAACGGCGCCGAAUCCGAGCUCUAA